CAACAAAAACGGAGUAUAAAAAAUCAAAAUAUGUCGGAUUCCGAUUUAAAAUUAGAUGAUGGACAGGACAUAUUUUUAUCUCAGGUUCUUGACGAGAUUGAAAGUAUGCAAGAAGACGAUAUAGUGUUGUCGCAAGCUCUGGAUUUAUUUGAAAACAAGGAAUCGUUUGACUUGUCAGAUUCUCAGUUUAAAAAUCUUGUAGAGGAUUGUACCAGUGCAGACUUUUUCGGUAGUUUUACGUUGAAACUACCGACUGGAGAAAAUUGUGAACUGUUAGGUGUGGAUACACAUUGUGAAAAUCGCUUUGGAAAAACUACCAAAACUGAAGAUUUUGACGCACUGAUCAAGGACCAGAAAUCGGGUAACACCGAGAGGAGUACAAAGUGGGCCACCUCUGUAUUUGAGGCUUGGAGAUCCGUUCGGAAACUGGACGGAGAGGAAAUUCCACCACUCGAGGAAUGCGAUAUCAACACCCACCUUUCACGUUUUGUGGUAGAAGCAAGAAAGCAGGAUGGUUCCCCCUACCCACCUGGAUCGCUAUAUAAUAUUGCCUGUGGACUCUUGAGAAAUCUCCGAUCUUCUGGCAUCUAUGAUAAAAACUUCUUGGAUGAGACGAAUGCACGAUACGCGAGGUUCCGCGAGGUACUAGAUGCUCAGAUGAAAAAGCUGACAAAGGAUGGGUUAGGUAUUGGUCAGAGGGAGGCAAAACCAGUCAAUGAAGAAGAUGAAAAGAUUUUGUGGUCUAAAGGUGUAUUUGGGAACAGUUCAUCUGUUGCUCUUCAGCAUACCAUGUAUUUCUAUAACUGUAAAUUUUUCGGAUUAAGGGCUUUGGAUGAACACCGAACAUUAAACUGUAACCAAUUUGCAAUCGGGAGUGACGAAAAUGGUCGUUACAUAGAAUUUAAAGGUACAAACAGUAAAACGUACAAUGGAGGAUUAAAACACAGGCGUAUUGAACCAAAAAUUAUAAGACAUUAUGAUGAAAAUAGUGGAAUUGUUGACUUUUAUGAGCAGUAUCUGAAUGCAUUGGGGCUUUCGGGUCCAUUUUAUCGGCGGCCUUUAAACAAAUCCGAGGGACACUUGCGUUACGGGGAACAAGUUGUUGGAAUUAAUAAGUUAAAAACUUUCAUGAAAGACAUUUGUUCGUCUGCAGGUUUAGAAGGUAGAUACACAAACCAUAGUGGUAAGAAAACGUGUGCCACAACACUCUACCAAGGAGGAAUUCCCGAGGAAGAGAUUAUGAAACGAACUGGCCACAGAUCCACUACCGGGGUUAGGAAAUACCAAAAACCGUCUCCCGCAAUGUUGAAAGAAAUUUCAAACACACUAAAUCCACCGCAGACGACAAUCAAGGCACAGUGUGAAACGGUCAAUGAGAAAAAUGCUGAAAGUGUUCUAAAGGAUAAUGACGAGUCAGUGGAUAAUAAACGCAGUGAUCCAAGUUUUAAGGGUUUAUUUUCUGGAAACCACUCAUUCUCUGGAUGCACUUUUCAGUUUUAAUAUCGUACGAGAACUGUUGUAACAGUGUGUUGGAAUUGUUGUUCAUAAUGAUUAUAUAAUUGACCUACCCGUAGCACAUACAUUAUAGUGCCAUAGCAGAUACAUUUUAGCAAAAUAGCACAUAGCGGAUACUUUUUUAGCGCUUUUCAGUUUUAAGAAACAUUUAAGAAAACUUUGAAUUUCAUAUUUCAUGACAAUCCUGUAUUUCUGAUGUUCAUUUAGAGAUAAUGAUAAAUAUCGAAUCUUCGAAA